CAUUAACUUUAGUAUAAAUAUCCCAGUAUUUGUUCUAGUCUUUGUCUGAAUUUGUACCUAUAUGAUCGUGUGUUGUGGUUAAGCUGUCAUGGCUACUGGGAAUACUUUCCUCACUAUCCUUUAUCUGCUUCUAUACAGUUGUUUAUGCAGAGCUGAAAUUGAUGUCAGGCAUGUCGAUAGAGUGGAGAAGGGCAUGACAAUGUCUAAAGAUUUUCUCCAAAGUCUCGGUGAAGUUUUGAAAAAAGAUGGGGAAGUCCAAAAAGUUUUCAAAGUCUUUGGUUCUCUUGGCAAAGUUGCAGCAAGUUUUGGCUUUAUUGGGUCAUUAAUUAACUUCAUCUUUGCAUUCAUUCCACAAUCUGAUCCAACACUUGCGUUCAUGAAGGAACAAUUUGCUGAGGUCAACCGUAAACUCAAUUCUCUCGCCCUUCAAAUUUCCACCCUGCAAACAGAAAUGAAAUGGACAAACUAUGCAAGCAGCUAUGGCAAAGAUGAGAAUGUGAUCAAAAACUCCUGGGCCAAGUUAACAGAAUUCAUACAGACUGCUCCUUUUGCCUCCACACAGGAGCAGAAAACCAGACUGGCUGAGAGGUUUACCACUUUCUAUGAAAACACUGGCACAGGGAACAGUGUUGCUAAUUUAUACAGAUACAUCACUGAGAACAAUUCUGUCUGUUUGAAUAAAAAUCUCUUGAAGCUAAUCAUUGAGAAAUCCAAUGGUGAUUUUAAUGUCCUGGUGCAAUACUCUGCCUACUUCGCCACUCUGAUGGUUUCAGGACUAAAGUUAAAUGUGUUUUAUUACAACAUGAAGGGCUAUAAUGGAGAAGUAAAGGCAAAAGAAGCAGUCACACUACUGUCCAACACUUUAUCAGCCAUGCAGGAUGCCUUGAUUGAGUGUGCUGGUGACUUUGAGAAAUGGGCUUACAAGGACGCUGUUAAACUUGGCCGUGAACGAUUCUCAAGUAGUGGAAAACUAGCUUCAGAUAUUAAGCAUCAUUUGGAGGGCAAGUUCCACUGGUUCAAAUGGGUAGUAAUUACCCACUCAAAUGAUGCUAAAAAUGAGUUUACCUUUGGACGGUCAAUUAAAAUUGAUGUUCAAGAAAAAACAGUUGUUCACAUAAUUCAUCAAUGGUUCACCAUAAUCAUAAAAAGGGCUCUACAGUUGAUCAAACAUUAAG